AGUAGAUUUUUAUGUUCACCUUAUUUGUUCAGCGUCCAGUAAGAUGUGGAAACCAAUGAGGCAGCCCCUGGCAGUGCACAAGAGUAACACCCUCCCUCGUAACAGUCGUCCCUCCAGUACGGGAGGGUCUUCCUCUGCAACUUCCUCCCCGGCACGCAAGUUCUCACACCAAAGGCAGCACUCACAGCAGAACCCAGGGGGCCGUCCUGUAAGAAAGGAAUUGUCUUCCCUGAAAUUGAAGAACAUUGACAAGAAGCUGGCCGAGACCAUCUUUAAUGAGAUAGUGGACAACGGUCCUCCAGUGCAGUUCACGGACAUCG